AUGAUACUAAAUUUAAAAACCUUAUCUUUUAUUGUAGACUUUCCUGAUUCUGCAAUUUCUAUACAUAUGAAAGGUCGUCAUGAGCCUCGUACAGUUGAAACCCGUUGUUGUGAUAUUGAUUUUGUGAAAAAGCUAUUGUUCACUUGUCAGGAAAUUAUAAAUGAAGUUAAUAUUGUAGAUCAAUCCAAAGAAAAUUGCUCAAAAUAUGCUAUUGAAUUUUACAAUUCAGUUGUUAAUGUUGGAAAAGAUGAAUCAUUAAAAAUAAUUGUUGAUACUUUAUCACAAAAUAGUAAUUUGUGGUUAAAGGUUCGUCAAUUAAGGAUAACAGGUACAUCUGCUUAUGCAUUGUAUACAUUUUACCAUGGAAAAAAUGGUGUUAUUGCUGAAGCUUGGCUUAAUAAACUUGAAAGGAUUGUAUUUCCCACCUUUUCUGGAAAUUUGGCGACUAAAUUUGGAAAAAAUUAUGAGGACAAAGCUAAGAAAGCAUUUGAAAGACUUACGGGAUUUCAAAUCAAAACCUUUGGUUUUAUUAUUAAUCAUCGCUGUCCGUGGCUUGGGUUUAGCCCUGAUGGUUUUUAUCAAUGUGGUGACAAGUUGUGUUUAAUAGAAAUUAAAUGUCCAGUUGGGGGAAAAUCAAAAUCAGGAAUAGACUUAAUAAAACGUUAA